AUGCUUCGUCGUAGCCACACAAAGUCACGAAAAGGCUGCGCGCAAUGCAAGCAACGCCAUGUCAAGGUAAUCAUCAAUGCCCCUUUGAAGUGCGACGAGGGCCGCCCUCUGUGCCGUUUAUGCACUCUGUCGCAGCGCGAGUGCAGCUUUGAGACCGAGGCCGCCGGGCCCGAGUACCUGUCCGUGUCCGGUGCCUCGUCGCACGAGCCGUCCAUCAGCCCCGGCGGCGGCAGCAGCCCCGAUGGCCUCGCGGAUGCAGCCCAGGCCACGCUCGGCGAGGCGCUCAACCUCGACCACAUGGAGCUGCUCAUCCACGCCGUCUGCAACAACAAGGACAUGUUCAACCUCGGCGACGGCAGCGGCGGCCACACCAACGCGGACCUCGCAAACCUGCAUCUCAGCCUGCACGCCGGCCUCGACGCGCCCUACCUGCUGCACGCCAUGCUCGCAUUCUCAGCGCGACACCUGGCCUUUCUGCACCCCGAGCGCGCGCCCACGUACCUGCACCGCGCGGUGGCGCUGCAGACGCGCGCCGUGUCGCUCUGCAACGCCAGCUGGGCCGGCAGCGGCAGCGCGGCCGUGGACGAGUCCAACUGCGUCCCCGUGCUGCUCUUCGCGACCGUGCUGGGCCACCACGUGCUGGCCGACACCGUUAGCAGCCGGCUCGACGGGUUCGUAGCGCACUACGCACGCUGCGUCGACGUGCACCGCGGUAUCUACGCCGUGGCGCUGGCCGCCUGGCCGCUGCUUCUGCGGUCGGGGCUGGGCGCCGCGCUGGCGUGGUCGUCGGGGUUCACGUCGCGGCCACCACGCGGCCGGCACACAGCGCGCGCAACUGAGCUCGUCGACGCGGCCGCCGACCUCUCAGACGCGGAGAAGGCCGCCUGCCGCGCGGCUAUCCAGUACCUGCAGGUCGGCUUCGACGCCAUGCUUGCCGGAGAGGACGCUAAUGGUAGCGAUGGUGACGAUGAGCAGGGCGCAGAGGAGCGGCAGCGCGCGCGCUACCAGAUGCUCUUCCUCUGGACCAUGCUCGUGCCGCACGAAUUUACGGGCCUGCUACUCGCUAAGCAGCCCGAGGCCCUCGUCGUCCUAGCAUACUACGCCCUGCUGCUGCACUACGGCCGCGCUAUGUGGCAGGUCGGCGGCGCCGGCGCUGCCAUCGUGGCCAUGGUCGCCGAGUUCCUCGGCCCGGACUGGGAGUACUGGCUGGCGUAUCCGUGCGAGAUGGUCGCUGCGUGCGGAUAGAGGGUUCUGGGUCGGGGGGCGCAUGUUUGUGUAGAAUACUUGCAGCCUGGUUAGCUCAUAUACCUGACAUCUCUCGACGCGCGCCUUGUUCUGCUUGACGGCGCGGUGUUUAGGGCUUUGUGUCAACAUGUUACCCGCUUUUCCUGUCUUCUACCCCUUGCUAC